CAAAACUAUGACACGAGCCAGCCUUCAAAAGCGUUCUUCGAUGGUUCAGGCCGAUGCUGUAGUCAUCGGCUGAGGCUCUGCCUGCUAUCAUCGCACGCGUUGCCACAUCACUUGGCGCGUCUUGCCCCAAACACCAAAGUUCCGCGAAAUCACGUGGGUGGGUAUACAGCAGGCAGGUACUAACCCUAAGCCUCGGCCCAACGGCUGCCCCGCGAUCCAGAUAAGGAAAGUUGUACCCCCGCCGAGGAGAAUGAGUCGCUGAUGAGAUACUCAACACCCUAGUCAUACUGGUCUGGCACCAUUCGAUCAAAUGGCAUCCGAUUUCUGGGCUGGCUACCUUAGCGGGGCUAUUGGUAUUAUCAUUGGAAACCCUUUAGAUGUCGUCAAAGUUCAAUUACAGGCAGGCCACACCCAAGAGGUAAUUGCCACGUCUACAAGAUCAAGUUUCAACCGAUUCGAGAGGACCAGCUCUCUUGUACGAGGGGCGGCGGCUCCUAUAUCUGGAUAUGGAGCCCUUAACGCUAUUCUCUUUGUCGCCUAUAAUCGGUCAUUGAUGCUUCUCGAUGGCUCAGUGGUUGAUCCCACAAACCCCCAGGGUGUUUCAUUAUCUAAAAUUUGGCUUGCCGGUGCUGCAGGCGGACUGGCUAGUUGGACUAUAUCAUCUCCGACAGAGUUCAUCAAAUGUCGAACGCAACUUGAUACUCGCCAAGGCGUCUCAUCUUGGGCUGUGGCAAAGGACAUUGUCCGAAACAAGGGCUGGAGGGGUCUCUACUUUGGAGGAGCGAUUACUAGUGCCAGAGAUGCUAUUGGCUAUGGAUUUUACUUUUGGUCUUACGAGUAUUCCAAACGACUUAUGGCCUCCGAAAAUGAUGAAGCACAUCAAUCUGCGAUGAAGGUUCUUCUUUGCGGAGGCAUUGCUGGAGUCGCUACUUGGGCAUCAGUCUUCCCAUUAGAUGUGAUCAAAACAAGACUGCAGGCCCAGACAAUUGGAACACCUGAAGCCCAGCAGCUUCUGCUGUCACAGAGCAUUAGGCAGCCCUUGAGUUCCUUUCGGCUUGCGAGACAAGCAUACCGAAACGAAGGGUUGUCGGUUUUCUAUCGCGGCCUAGGAGUCUGUAGCAUCAGAGCAUUCAUAGUAAAUGCUGUGCAGUGGGCAACCUAUGAGUGGCUUAUGAAAGCUCUUAACAGCCCCCAAAAACCAGUAUAUGCCCAAACAUGAGAUGCCUAAGAAUCACAGGACAGAUCAUACAUAAAACUCGGUGUAAA